AUGCGGCUGCUCGGCGCCUUCCUGCGGCUACUGGUGGCCGGGACGCUGGGGGCGCCGCCCGCCCCGGCCCCGGAGGAGCGGGGGACCGCCAGCGCGGAGUCACCCGUCCUGACUUUUCGGGAGAUCUGGAAUCGUAGUUUCUGCCGGCCGCUGGAGCAGCUGGUAGACGUCACUAACGAAUUCCCCAACGAGGUGGAGUACAUUUUCAGACCCUCCUGCGUCUCCCUGCAGCGCUGUGGAGGCUGUUGUGGGGACGAGGGUCUCCGCUGCGUCCCCGUGGAGACCAGCACAGUCACCAUGCAGCUCCUGAAGAUAAAGCCAAAUGGGGAGGCACCCUACGUGGAGAUGGCGUUCACUGAGCAUAAGCAGUGCGAGUGCAGGCCCCGGCAGGACCUGAUGAGGUUGGGAAGGAGGAGGUCCAAGAGCCGAGGUAAGAGAAGACAAGACAAGAAGGGACGGAAAGACUGUGAACUAUGUGGCACACCACGCAGGUAGCCUCUGCUCUGCCCCCAGCCUCGAUCUUGCUGCCUGGAUUUGAGCCAGUUGCAUUUCCCCCUGGCAUGGGAGACUUGUGGAAUCAUGUCCCUCCAAGCUGCACUGGGCAGCAGGACUCUGUCAGGGAAGAGCUGACUGGACUCUUGCCUGACCUUGGCGGGAAUACAGCCUGGAACCAAGGACUCCCUUGCCCCAUCUGCCCUGUUGGCAGCAGGACAAAAGGACCCAUGACCAGGUCUGGGGCUGAAGAUGAGGAGCUCAAGCCACGUGUUGGUGUUCAAGGGCAUCCUGGGGACAGCGAGGAGCAGAGCUGGUGGAUGUGCUGCUGGAACUGGCUGGGGAGGACAGCAUGAUGUGGGAGCAAGCUGAGAUGGCUCACAGGGCUGCAAAACUUCUCUGUCCUGUCAGUGCUCUGCAGCUGGGGAGGAAGGAAACCUGGGGCAGGCAAGGCUGCAGGGCUGCAUCUGUCCCAGCCUUGGCACGGGACAGCCCAGGAGGGUGCCAGGGAGCUUGCUUGGGAAGCUGUUCUGGUGGGGAAUGGGAGGGAACUGGGCUUCUUGCUUCCAGCCACAUCCCAGCCUUGCCCUGCUCAAUAAAAGCUGGUGGUGAGAAGUGAGAGCUGGCAGUGUGAGCGCUCCUAUCUGCUUUCCAGUAGCUGCAGGCAGGACACUUCCCCAUGGGCACCCACUCAGGCUGGAGGAGGGCAGUCCUGCAGUGAUCCAGGGCUUGUCCCCAGCACCAAUCCUUCAGCACCCAAGGGACUGCCCUUGGUUUAAUGCUGGAGAUGGGCAACCAGCAGGUCAGGACCAAGUUGCUGCCCAUGUUGGGACACUA